UCGAUACAGCUAGUUAGCAACAAGGAAAUAGCUUAAUUCAACAAACGCUGGCCGUGAUACGCUUAUAGAUAUCAUGGGCAAUUGUGAAAACUGCUUUGGAUACGUUGUGAUGUCGAGCUAACCAAAUAAAUAAUUAGAACUUCGUGUGACUGUGAGCUGGCUAGUUAGGCAACGUUAACGGUUUCACGUUAGGAGAGUAGCCAGCCUCGUAAACUACCUACGUGGCUUAGAAGCAGCAGUGCGCUUCCCAGCCGUGUACCAGUGGGGGUGAACGUUGGUUGAGGUUUGGUCGUUUGGAAAAAACGAUUAUGACAAAUAUGUCAGCGAAUGAUGGUACCAGCUCCUCUCUAGUCGCAGAGCUGUCCUUCUCUUUUCAGGACGAGUUGACUGCAACCAUUCAAAAUGCACUUGGGGUGGCUGUGGAGAUAGCUGUUGUAGAAAUAACCAAACUGGUCAGCCAGGUGUUGAGAGGUGUGAGAGACCAAAUGCACGAAACGUUAAGGGAUAAUAAAUCCCUGAAGUUUAGAUUACAGGCAGCAGAACUUGAACUCAGCACAGUGCAAGAUCGUCUGGAGGAACACCGCCACACGGGUGGUGGGAAUAAAGGAGAUGUCAUUAGUUGUAGUAUUGGCAUCCAGCAGGUUCAUGACCAACUCACUUCCUUAAGCACCGGCCGGGGACAAACAACAGUUAACAUCAGAACACAGGACUGUGAGAGCAAUGGAGAAGUGCUUUCUAAUCAACGUGUCGACGGCCCAUCUGAUGUGAAGGAAAUGUUUGGAAUUCUGGAUGACCCGCCCGAUACAAACCCCAAUACCUACUCUGCUGAAACCUUUUGUGAGAUCCGAGAGGAUGGACGUGUGUGCACCCAAGACAUUAAACAUGACAUGUCUGAGGAGCCUCAGCUACAACAUGAAUCUCAGGAAAGGCCUGUGACCAAGGAAGAGCAGUCCGGACUGCGUUCCUGUAUCCAGGAAAAUACUUCACAUUUCAAUGAUGAAUGCUCAGCCACAGCUCACAGUGCAGCACAGGCCUUGUCUGAUGGCCAGAGCAAACUCUCUGAAGCUGAAGUGAAAGUCGAGGCAUCAGCCCCGAACUGCAGCUCAGACACGGUUGCUUAUGGAGCACGGGGAGAUGAGGACUUUGGAGCAGACAGUCUGUCUCUCGCCCAGUCCCAACUUUUGGAGGACUGGCGGCCAGACCCUUUGCAGCUCCAGAGCUGUGAUUCAGACACUUUCACUCCAUCCACCAGCCAUUCUCUAGCCGACUCGCCCAUCUUCUCAGCAGACAUCCCUGACCUGGCCCUAUUGCCUCCAGCUGGGUCGGGGCAUCCUGCGCCUUUCUCCAAACCCUAUCAGCACAGGAACCCUGCGGCCCCCCCUACGUCCAGCUCGGCCCAGAAUCAACCGUAUCCCUCUCAUUCGCGAAGCCAGCACGUGUGCAAGGUGUGCGGCCAAACCUUCCGUCUGUCCGAGGAGCUGCGCCGGCACCGCAAAAACCACAUCCGGAGCCCCAAGAAGAGCCUCUUCCCGCCGGGCCGCAGCCCCUACCACUGCUCCCUGUGCGGCCGCGACUUCAACCGCAUGGAGCACCUGAAGAUCCAUCAGCGCAUCCACACGGGCGAGAGGCCCUACGGCUGCACCGUCUGCAACGCACGCUUCCGCCACUCCUGGGCUCUGACGCGUCACUUCCGCAUCCACACGGGCGAGAAGCCGUACGCCUGCGGCAUCUGCGGAAAGACCUUUCGGAACUGCGGGGGUUUGCGCUUCCACCAGCGGUCUCAUGGAGUGGGAGCCGUGGGUGGAGUGUCUUGAUGGCAGACUGUUACCCUGAAGACUGGGAACAGUCAUGGGAUUCGGAGCUUUGUUAUGCUUGGACUUGGAGGGCAAAUACUCCUCAGCUGGUAAAGUUGCUCUCAGAGCAGACAUUUUGCAUUUAACAUUUCUGUCGUAUUACACACAUGAUGCUGUUUUCAUGUUGUCCACAUUUGACAGCUAGGGCUGUCACACAUAAAGACAUGAAGACUUUUACAGGUUGACAGACGGGUUUUUACGACUUGUUUAAAAAAUUUGAAGAAUCUGUUGCGUACAUGACGACUCAAUAAAGGAACGUCUCCUAGUCAGCAUCACAGAAGAACACGGUCCUAACAGCUACUUUGAGAUGCUGUUUGUUUUGCAGUCAACCUACUGAGAAAUCAGGAAGAGAAAAGAAAGCAUAUAUUUUAGGCAAAGUGGAUGCUGCUAUUUUAUUUUUUACCACAGUCAAGAAAGGGCCAUAUGACUAUGUUAUUGUUUUUUAGCUAAAGCUGAAUAUUCCGCUUUUUCCUUCACGACCUUGAAUCCCUUUUGGCUGCUGUGAGGUGCAGUCUUGUGAAUGAGCCUGACUGUUUCAUUCCAGGGCCACUCCGGUUGGACAGUGGAUGGCUUCAUAUACCCAGCUGACACUGGACGUGUGUUAGUGUAACUUGUGUAACUUGACUGGCUGGUUGGCUUCAGACGGACAAGACUGUGGCCUUGGUGGUUUUAAUAAUGUGUUAUGCCCCUUGCCAGCCUCACAUUUUAUUAAAGAUAUGUUGAGGAUCAUGCUUUUAGUCUUUGUGACAUUUCUUGUAGUAAGUGUGAAGGGCACAAACGUAAUGAUUCUGUCUGGAUUAUGUUUUUUUUUGAAGAGUUGUACACAUGAGCAUUCUAUACAGUUGUGUUAACCUAAUUUCAUACUUGACUAUUUUGUAACCAUAGAGUUCAGACUG